AGGAAGAAGAAGCAGAAACAUACGAGUGUACGUUUAUAUUUGACUGCGAUCUGAACAACUGUUUCUCUGAAUAUCUGUGAGAUUAAAGUCGAUCAGGAAUGAGGGUCGCUAUCACAAUCACCAUCUUCAUCUCUCUCUGCAUGAUGUCAGGUCAGGUUCUGUGUUUUAAAGUGAUCGGCUGCUCUGGAGGGAGUGUGAUGUUCAAGUGCAUGAAGACAAACAAGAGAGAGUCUUCUGAUCAGUUUAAAGGAAAGUAUUUCUGCAGAAACAGAGACUGUACGACAGGAAUCAGUACUGAGACUCGGCAACGCUGGGUUAAUAAUGAGAGAUUCGCUCUGUAUGACGAUGAAAACAGAGGAUUCUUCUCCGUGUUCAUCAGGAAGCUCAGCAGAGAGGAUGCUGGGAAAUACACAUGUGGAAACAACCAGGAAUGGAGUCGUGAUGUUGAGUUAAAGGUGAACAGAAACUCUUCUUCUUGUGGGACGUCUGUUGUCCAAUCUGCAUAUAAAGGUCAAACGAUCACUUUCAGCUGUGAAUAUGAACACAAGUUUGAAACACACACCAAAGUCUUGUACAGAGUGAAGCGAGAUCCUGUGUUUCUGCUGAAGAUCUCUCAAUCAUCACAAUCAUCUGAAGAGAAGUUCAUCCUGUCAGACAAUCAGAGAGAUCACUUUACUGUGACCAUCAGAAACAUUUCUGAAGAGGAGCGUGGAGUUUAUUUAUGUGGAGUGGAGAGAGACGGAGAAGAUAAACCACCUUCAGAAACAUCAAUUACUCACAUAACCUUCAUUAAAGAGAUUGAGCUGAAAGUUCAUCGUCAGAUAUCUUCUGUCCAGGUUGAGGCCUACAUCAGUAAAUCAGUCUUCAUCACGUGUGAAUUUCCAGAAGAAUUCAAAGAAAACCAGAAAUUCAUCCAGAAAGUUUCAUCACAGGAGAUCUCUCAAGGUAAAGAGUCUCUGUGUGAGUCUGUUUCUGGACAAUUACUAUCAGUUAAAAUGAGAAAAUAA